CGUCAAGCUCUAGCGCCUUUCUAUAAAAAGUAAAAAAAUCUAUACAAUUUCGGCAUAUUCAGUUAGCCACAGCCAUGGCCCCAAAGAAACGCAUUUCGAUGAUCGCACCGGGGAGUGUGGUACCGGUAGUGCAGACGACCGAGACCGCGUCCCGGCGUUCAGUUGGCACCCAAACGAAUGUCCUGGCAAUGGGUCCGUCGAAGCGCAAGAAGAUGAAUGCCUUGCAGAUACCGCCGUCCCAACAUUUGGCCACGCACCUGAUGCCGGCGGUCAAUUCGCAGGCAGAACCGUUGGCCGCUUCCAUCAUGAUAUGUAAACAACCGGCGGCUUGCCCACCGUUUGUUCCCGAUUUGAAUGAGAAGGCCUGCCAGGCGGUGGACGACGGUACUCUGGAUUCAGCCGACCGUGUGAUCAUCCCGAAUAACGGCGAGCAACCGAUUGAAUAUCUGAAGUCCCUGAUGACCAAUCGAAGCGAAAAUGCCGAACACUGGGAUCGUAAACGUCUGGAAACUCUGUUGACCCUAAUCAACGACAAUCCACCGCCGAAUUGGCUUCUGGCAUCCCAAAUGUGGCUGGAGGUCGACCAACUGGAGGAGCGUAUAGAGGCCUACGAUCAGAGGGAACUGCUCAAUGCUAAGAAACCUAAGAUGGACGAGGAGCUGGCCAAUGGUCAAUACGGGGGGCAGAACGGGCAGCAGGGUGAGCAGCAGAACAAAGAGGUUCAUCACCCUUCACCAAAGACUUAGGACUUAGGAAAUCGAGCCAUAUGUUCUAUGCAUAAU